UGUGUGUGUGUGUGUGUGUGUGUGUGUGUGUGUGUGUGUGAGAGAGAGAGAGAGAGCGGUGUGAUGAUCAGGAUGCGUGUGCUGAUUGUCUCCUCAGUGUUGUUAGCAUUAGCGCUAACUUAUUACAGAGUUCCAGCUCUUCCCGGAACCGUAGCUGAACCCUACAAGCUCCUGCUGCUGGACGCUGUGUUCGGGACCAUGAUGUGGACGGCGAACGUGGUUCAGGAUCUUGGCCUGAGUAAUCAGAUGAGUGUCCUGAACUACAUGGCGUUGUUUGCUGAGUUGCGAGCUCCAUGCUCCAGCGAGUCUGUUCGAGUCACAGACAUGUCCUUCUCAGGAGUUCAGGCUCGUGUUUUCGAGUCCACGGCUCCAGGACCACGGCGUCUCAAACGAGGAGUCGUCUAUUUCCACGGAGGAGGCUGGGCGCUCGGCAGUGCUCGAAUGCGAUCGUAUGACCUCCUGUGCAGAAUGAUGGCCGAGGAGCUGGAUGCCGUCGUCAUAUCUGUGGAUUACAGACUCGCCCCCGAGGUUUAUUUUCCAGCUCAGUAUGAGGACGCGAUUCAGGCCUGCAGGAACAUCCUGACAGAUGAGGUUCUGGUGAGGUUGUCUGUGGAUCCCGACAGAGUGGCCGUGUCAGGGGACAGUGCAGGAGGAAACCUCGCUGCUGCCGUGGCUCAGGAGUUGGCGUCUGACAGCAGCGUCUCCAUCCAGUUUAAGGUCCAGGCCCUGAUCUAUCCCGUGCUCCAGGCACUGGACUUCAACACUCCGUCAUACCAGCAGAACGGUGAUGUCCCCAUCCUGUACCGGUCACUCAUGGUCCGCUUCUGGCUCGAGUACCUGAACGGGGACCACAGACUCAUCCCUUCCCUGCUAUUGAACAACCACACAGCACCGGACCUGAACCAGGACAUGGCUUUAGCCAGAGAGAAGCUCAACUGGACCCGAUUAUUAUCUCCUAAAUUUACCAAGCACUACAAACCUGUGGUUCCUCAACACGGUUCUCCACAGGUCCUGCGGCUGCUCCCGGGCCUCCUGGACUCCAGAGCCGCUCCAUUACUGGCUGAGCCCGAAGUGCUGAAGCUGGUUCCACCCGCCUACAUCAUGACCUGCGAACACGAUGUACUGCGAGACGAUGGGCUGAUGUACGCGCGCCGCCUGGAGGAGGUCGGAGUGCCCGUAACCAGUGACCAUUACGAACAGGGAUUCCACGGAAUCAUGAUGUUUGGAUUUUUUCCCGCCUGUUUCUCCGUGGGAUUGCAGAGUCAGAGGAAUUACAUCCGCUGGCUACAGCACAACCUCUAAGGAUUAUUUGAGUUCUGUUAGUCAGGGUGAAGGUCCAGUGGUCCAGAUUUUUAUAUACUUCAUGUGAAGUUGUUGUGUAAAGCAGCACGUAAAUUAUUUUUUUAAUCUCAGUGUAAAGUGAUAAAGUGUGCACUGGCAGGACUGGUGUUCCCGAGAGCAUUUCUAUUACUCAUUAUUCUUUACAUAAACCACAUUAUAUUAUAUUAUAGCUUUUAAAUAAAUACUUCACCUCUAAUAACAGAAACACAAAACAAUUCCCCAAAAUACAAGAACUAAACUUCAAUCAUUUUUUUUAUUGAACUAACAUCACUCAAGUAACAGUACCAUAAGAACGACAUGGUACCAAAUUCAAACAGUAAGAAACAAACACAGGAAGUGAUGUCACUGGUGCGUCAGCUGGUGUUUAAAGAUAAUUAAAUCAUGAGUCCUGUUUUAACUAAUGUUUAUUCCAUCAGGACAAAAAACAAGUUGGAAUUAAUUCAGUUUGAUCAGAAAUGAAGAACUGGACUGACGUGACUUUGGCACUUUCAGGUACACUGAUGUGUUUGACAUAAAAACCACAAAUAGUCAUUAAUGGUUCAUGUUGUUCAAUACAGACUUAUUUUUACUAAUGAAUGAUAUAUUUAAUUAACACAGGUGUUCAGUUUCCUUUAGCACCAUGAAAUGUAAAAAAAAUAUUAUACCACACAGUGUAAGUUAAUAACCAGUUGCCCACAUGACAGACGUGUAGCAUUAAAAUAAUCCAAAUAAUAAAAAGUACCUAUAUCUACAAAAUAAACUACUUUAAACUGAAAAGGUAAGAAAAACACUGCAAAAAUAUAUUCUAAAAACGUUAAUGCAUAUUAAUAAUAAAUAAAAAUAGAUUUUUAAGACUUGGAAAGCUUCAGUAUAAAAUUUUAAUUUCAUCUGAUCAUCUGAUUUUGAAGUUCACUGUGAUGAAACUGAUCAUGAGAUGAUUAAACUGUCAGACCCGUGAUGUGUCAUGACCCGUGAUCACGAUUACUUAAUAAUAAUAAUGAUGAUGAUGAUGUUAGUUAGAGGAUGUUCAUGUGAGGUGAAUACAGUGAUAACUGACACAGUUAUGGUAGAGAUAGUUAUGGUGUUAAGAAUUGUGUUUGUUUUUAUUUUUAAUCAAAUUCAUUUUGUUCUUAAAGAUAAAUCAUUGUUAUUUAAAUGA